AUGUCUUUCUUUCGCUUGUUACGUAUAAAAUCUGCAAUGUUUGUGCUCACAACAGUAGUUGUAUUUGCUGUUAUAGGGCUUGAUUUCGUGUUUAAGAAAUACCAUUUGGAAUCUAGGAAAGUUCGCUACCGAUUGCAUGGAGCCAAUCAGAAUAUUUCACUGUAUGGCGACAAUGUUAAUAUGACUCGCGGGAAUCAGCACGAUGAAGACAAACACGGAGUGGUGGAACGAUAUGGAGGAGCACAGAAUAUACAAGAACCAAACAAUUCAGUUCACGGUGAAAAUCACAAAUAUCAAAGCAAUCUAGAAAACGAACAGUGGUACAAUGUUAUAUAUCGUACAAUUCCUUGUGGAAACGCAGAAAUAAAUACUAUUCUGUCACCCCGACGACAUUAUCUGAAAAUACGCAACCGGACUGUAGUGGAAGAUUCAAUCUAUUGGUCCAAAGAAUUUGAGAAGCUUAUUCCUGAAGAAAAACGGAAUAAAAUGGAACCGCCAAAGUCUCAACUUGGUCGUGCUAAUGUAAUGUACAUUGCCAGAUCUGAUGAUAAACACAAAUGUGGGGAAUUCGGAUCACAGAACAAUGCUUAUGUUAUACUAGAUGACGGUACUGAAUGGUGUGCCCGUUACAAGAAGCCAUGCUUUAUUUUAGGUGAAGUUAUGGCUUACAUGUUUACUAAGUGGAUGUGCAUGAAUUAUAUACCACCACUGAUUCUAACGAAGCCAGAUCCAAGAACCCAUCUGUGGGGUUCCAAAACAGUGAAGAAAUUUAUGAAAGAGCACGAAUGGAAUUCAAAUAAUACAAUUAGCAUGACUCAGUGGCUUCCAAGUAUUAAACGAAGCAAGGCACCACCCAUUAUAAAUACCAAUAAUGGUCUCAUACACGUGGAUAACCCCGCAUUUAAAAAUAUCACAGAGCAACAAAUCCUGGAUUUGAUGGUUUACAGCGACACUGUUGUUAUUGACAACCUGAUGGGUGUUACUGAUAGGGUGCUUGCGAUGUACUUACAGAAACCUUGCCCUCAACGGUCAAUUCGAAACUGUUUUGUUGAUGAAAAUAGAAACACCUGGUGGCUAGACAACGAAGCGGCUUUCCUCAUUGGCUACCUUAAACAGUAUGUGCAUUAUGUUCAAUUGAAUGAAACUUUGAAAACUGUCUGCAUUUUUCGGCGCCAAACAGUUUCAAAGAUUAUACAACUACAUCAGAUAAAGGACGCGCCACUUCUACUCUGGAAAUUAGUCGGAAAAUACAAAAACAUUAUUGGUAUUGACUGGAUUCCGGGAACACCGAUGACCUGUGAAUCUAACUCUUAUAUAAGAUGGGCCGAGCUGUUUAAAGAGAGAAUAGAAGAUGUAUACAGAUGGAUUGUCCGUUGUUCUAAAGAUAAAUAUGAAUCCUUGUUGAAUGAGUAUCAGACAAAUCUCUAA